AUGCAUAUCCCUUCCUCGUCUCUCGCUUGCGUAGCGACCCUCCUCACAGUCAUUACAACUACACACGCCUUCGCUACCCUACCCUCUACCGGUAAUUCCAGCAACGUUACAGCUCGAGCAGAUGCUAUCCGUGAGAAAGCUGCAGGCUGGCUAUAUGGCCCUUCACUGAUCGGAAAUGCGGCUUUCUUCCCUACGGGCGUGCUAGCGGAAAAGAGAAUACAGUCCGAUAUUGAGCUGUUCAAGGUCGACUCGAAUUUCAUAAGGAGCGCGGUCGUGGUGGAUUCGCCGCGAGUACAGCAGGCUAUUGCUGCUAACGGUGGGCUAAAUAGCACCGACGACUACAUUCAUGUUUUGUACGAUGGUCAGUGGCUCAAUGCCGUCCCGGCCGGGACCAGCAAAGGCAUCCUCGCCAACUACACCUCCGACCUUCUUUUCUCCAUGUCCCGCUUAAGCUUAAACAGCUGGCCCCUACGCCGGCUUGCCCGCUCCGACGACCUGCCCUUCUCCUUGGACGAUGAUACGGCCGUGCAAAUCACCACGCUGACCCUCGCCGCGUUGAAGGAGGCGAGGAGACUGUUUGUAGUGGAUCACAGCUACCAACAACGUUACAAGAAGUCGCCCCUACGAUAUGGGGCUGCGUGCACGGCGCUGUUCUUCAUCCAUCCGGUCUCGGGAGACUUCUUGCCGUUGGCGAUCAAGACGAACACGGGUGCGGACUUAGUGUACACGCCACUGGACGGCGAGAUGGACUGGAUGCUGGCCAAGAUCAUGUUCAACUCAAAUGAUCUCCUACACGCGCAGCUGUAUCAUCUGGUUGCGAGCCACAACGUGGCCGAGAUUGUGCACCAAGCUGCCAUGAGGACAAUGAGCGACGAGCAUCCGAUUAUGCUACUGCUCGAUAGACUACUUUACCAGGCUUACGCCGCCAGACCCGUGGGUGACUCGAUCGAAUUAUUUGCGGACGGCGGAGCCUUUGACCAGGCCUUCCACAUGACUGCCAGAGGAGCUAAAGAAUUCGUCGCCGAAUGGUAUCCUGUCGCCGGCCGCCUGAAGAGCAACUACCUCGACCCAGAUCUUGCGUCGCGAGGACUGAUCGAGUGUUCCGAUGGGCCUGCACUGAAGCACUUCCCAUUCUACGAAGAUGUGAAGCCGAUCCAUGCGGGGAUCAAGAAGUUUAUUACGAGCUUCGUCGACACGUACUACUCCUCCGACGCCAUCAUCGCCGAGGAUACCGAACUCGCAGCCUGGGUCACCGAAGCCCGGACCAACGCUCAAGUGCUCGAUUUCCCCUGCGCCGUGCAAGCGUAUGGGACGGUGCCGCCCACCUGCACCAAAGCCCAUAUCAUCGAUCUCCUCACCCACAUCGCCUACCUGGUUGGAGUGCAACAUCAAGCCCUCAACACCGGCGCCGGAUUCCAAAGUACAGGCACGCUCCCCCUCCAUCCCGUAGCAUUGAACGCCCCGCUCCCCACCGCAAAGAACGUCACCGACGUCCUCCCCUGGCUGCUACCUCCCGCGGCCGCCGUGUUCCAGCUGAACCUCCUCGCGCUCUUCAACAGACCGACAUACGAGUCGCUGAACAAGACGCUCGUGUGGCAGUUCUCCGACGACACGUUUCUGAGCAACUUUCCCAGCACCAUCAGCGAGGCGGCGCAGACGUUCAAGGAGACGAUGGAGGAGGUGAGUCGGGGGAUAAGGGCGAAGACCUUUGAUUCCGAGGGGCUGAGCCAGGGGAUGCCCUUCGUGUAUCGGAACUUGGACCCGGGGACUGUCCCGUUCUAUCUGGCAAUCUAG